AUGACCUUUGAUCCCGAGCUCGACGCAAUCUGCGCCUACGUGCAGCGUGCAAUGACCGCGCACCAUCUUCCUGGUCUUGCUGUCGCCCUAGUUCGUGACGGCGACGUCGUUCUCGCCAAGGGGUUUGGCUCGCAAGAGUACGAGGAGCCGAAUAUGCCAAUUACGUCUUCGACGCUCUUUGAGAUUGGGUCAGUGUCCAAGGUCUUGAUAGCUUUGGGCAUCGGCGUGCUUGUCGACCGUGGUCUUGCGCACUGGAACGACCGCGUCCAGUUGCACCUGCCGUGGUUCACGCUACUCGACAAGGAUGUUGCGGCGCGGACGACGCUCGCUGACUUGCUGUCGAUGCACUCGGUGCUCGCCUCUCAAGGCGACAUUGCUUGGACCUUUGGCGUCUUUUCGACCGAGCGCGCGAUCGUCGAGGGUCUUGCGCACCUCGACACGACCAGUGACCAAGCUGGAUUUGUCUACUCGAACGCCAACUACGAAGUCCUCGGCCAAGUGCUCCAAGCGGUUGCACACGUGCCGUGGUUUACGUUCCUGCGUGACGCGGUGUGGACACCGCUCGGCAUGCGUGACACCGUCGGACGCAUCGGCGACGCCACGACAGACGUGGCGCGCGGGCACAUGACGUGUCAUGACCACGUGCUCGGUCCAUUCGACAUUGCAACCUCGCCCAUGACGGUGCUGCGCCCCGGUGACAACUGCGUGGCCGCCGGUUCGAUCCUCUCAACGGCCGCUGAUAUGGCUAAGCUGACGGGCUUUCUGCUCUCGGACGGCGCGGCGCUCUUUGCAUCGCCUGCAAUUCUGACGGCCAUCAUGACGGGGUGUGUGGAGAACACGCGCAUGACUCCGACAAGGACGCGCGUCUUGGGCUUUGCGCCGUCGACCGUGCAAGCAGGCUACGGCUUUACAACGAUUGGCGACUCAUUGGCGUUUGGCAAGGACUAUGUCGGCAAGAACGGGCUCACGAUUGGAUUUACGGCAGAGCUCGGCCUCGUGCGCUCGGCCCGCGCCGGAGUAUUCGUGGCAUCGAACGCUCGGACCAUGGGCGGGUCGGCGGCUGACAGCUCUUUCCUUUCGCGCUUGCAUCUGCGACUUCUCGGGUGGUGCUUCGGUGUCGCCGACGACGACCUGGCCAAGCACGACGCCGACGCGAUCGAGGCCGCAGCUGCCUUUCCAGAUACGCCAGGCGACGCGCACUACUUUGCUCGCGCGCCGUGGGGCGCUGGAGGUACAAAAUGA